UCAUCGCUUUCUCCAAAUAAAAAAUUAAUGAAACGGAAGAAAGUAAUCAUUUUUCCGCAUAAACGAACAUUUUCAUUAAAUGAAUUUGGUAUAAAAGGGAACUUGAAAUGAAUUAUUUCAGUGUUUCGUCGAAUAACCGGUUCGAAAAUGUAUUUCAUCAAAUGUAUAUUAAUUUUUUUCGCGCUAAUUACUAUAUCAAACGCAGGACCGGUAAAAGGUGACGCACUGGCGUCGUUCAGGAGGGGAAAAAGGGACCACGGACACGGAGUAACAGGACCCGUUCACACGUUCGUCAAGACAGACAAGCACGCCAAUUUCAAAUGGGGCGUUCGACAUCACGUCGGCCACCAUUACGCCGGAAGAAAA